GUUCAGUGCGCUCGGACGACUCGCUUCAGCAGUAGUGAUACGGUAGCUGCAGCAGCGUCCCUGACGCGCUGCCCACCCUCCACUCUCAGCAGGGGAGAAUUACGAAAUUCUUGGUUUGAGACCCAACCGCCAGCCCACGGUCCUCGGAGAAAGCUACUUUUGUUUACCAUCCCAUGGCUUCAUCCGUGAGUGGAACGGAGGAGGUGCGCGUGUCGGCGUUGACACCGCUGAAGUUGGUGGGCUUGGUGUGCGUCUUCCUUGCGCUCUGCCUGGAUAUCGGGGCGGUGUUGAGCCCCGCGUGGGUAACGGCGUAUAACCAGUACUACCUGUCUCUGUGGGAGUCCUGCUGGAAGCCUGUCAACUCGGACACAUGGCAGUGCAACACAACGCUCGAGACUGACUGGCAGAUUGCCACGUUGGCCCUGUUGCUGGGUGGUGCUGCCCUCAUCCUGUUCUCCUUCCUGGUUGCCCUGGUGUCAGUGUGUGUCGGCUCCAGGAGCCGCUGCUACAGGCCUGUCGCUGUCUUGCUGUCCGCUGCAGUGGUGCUUCAGGUUUGCAGUCUGGUCCUCUACACCAUUAAGUUCAUUGAGACAGUCAGCUUGAGGAUAAACCACGAGUUUAACUGGGGCUAUGGCCUGGCCUGGGGGGCCACCAUCUUCUCCUUCGGAGGGGCCAUUCUCUAUUGCCUCAACCCCAAGAACUAUGAAGACUACUACUAAACCCUGCAAGAGGAGAAGAGAGCCCUCUACACAACUUCAUGCCCCCCCUCCCGAGCUAUGCUCUGAACUUAGUCUGUUUUAUGUAACUGGUAGAGAAAAUAAAUAUUCACAGAACAAAUGUUGGAGAAUUAACAACAGUAGUGUCUAUAGGCUCCAUUCAGACCAUCAUACAAAUGUACUGUACCAAAUGGUUGGCUCACAGGCUUAAAGGGACACUCUUACUCAUAUUAUGAUGUGUUCUCCAAGGGAAUCUCUGCCUGUGUUGUGACUGAUGUCUGCUAUAGGCUAAGUGGUAAGGCUGAAGAGCCAAUCAGACAGUUCAAUGGAAUCCUAAUGUCCAAUAAGAUACAUCAGUGAAACCAUGUAAGGUCCCCUUUAUGAUAGGAACUUCAGCAGGAGUUGGCAGGGACAAUGCUUUGUUAUUAAUGACCAAUCAAAGAAGGGACCGGUGAGAGUGAUGGACAUAGACCAAUCAGAGAGCAGAAGGAUAGUCCAGGUGGACAGAUUGAUCUUGAGGAGGAAAGAAGUAGAAUACGAGACUCACCUAAGGAAAGGAAUCAAGGAUGCAUACCUUCACCCCCACUAACAUACUGAACAAAAAUACAAACGCCUCAGUUUCAAGGAUUUUACUGAGUUAUAGUUCGUAUAAGGAAAUGCGUCAACUUUUAAUUAAUUAAUUAGGCCCUAAUAUAUGGAUUUCAUAUGAUGGCAGGGGAGCAGCCAUGCGUGGGCUGGGAGGGCAUAGGUCCACCCACUGUGGAGCCAGGCCCAGCCAAUCUGAAUGAGUUUUUCUCCACAAAAGGGCUUUAUUACAGAUGGAAAUACUCC